AUAUGCAAACCGGCGCCCCGCCGCCCAGGUCUGCCCGAUCCGGGCCGGGGCUGCGGCUGCGGCUGGCGCUGCCGUGGGCGCCGCUGCCCUCGUCCGAGCCCCGCACCGUCCUGCCCCCGCCGCGUGGCGGGCCAAUGCGUUCCCGAGUCGCUAUCUAAACGCGGGCCAGGGGACACCCGGAGGGGCUGAAGAUGAGGGUGCCCGCGCAUGGGCCCCCGCUGAUUGCCAACCCCUCCCGAGCCCGCGUCCCGCGCGGAGCCCGCGGCCGCCGAGGACCCGCCUUCGCCGCAGUAGCAGCUGGAGCUGCGACAGAGGCGGCAGCUGCGGCGGCGGCGCCCCUCGCGCGAGCGUGCAGAGCGGCGGCCGCAGCUCGGGGGCCGCCGCUGCCCCGGCUGCCAUGAGUUGUGCGGAGGUGAUGUAUCACCCCCAGCCGUAUGGAGCGCCCCAGUAUCUGCCCAACCCCGUGGCAGCUGCAACCUGCCCCACAGCCUAUUACCACCCGGCGCCCCAACCUGGCCAGCAGAAGAAGUUAGCGGUAUACAGCAAGAUGCAGGACUCUCUGGAAGUCACCCUUCCCAGCAAACAAGAGGAGGAGGAGGAGGAGGAGGAGGAUGAGGAGGAGGAGGAGAAAGACCAGCCUGCCGAGAUGGAGUACCUUAACUCUCGCUGUGUCCUUUUCACUUAUUUCCAGGGAGACAUUGGGUCAGUAGUGGAUGAACACUUCUCAAGAGCUUUGGGCCAAGCCAGCACCCUCCAUCCAGAAUCUGCCAUUUCAAAAAGCAAGAUGGGGCUAACCCCCUUAUGGCGAGACAGCUCAGCUCUCUCAAGCCAGCGGAGUAGUUUCCCAACUUCCUUUUGGACCAGCUCUUACCAGCCCCCACCUGCACCCUGUUUGGGGGGAGUUCAUCCUGACUUCCAGGUCACUGCACCUCCUGGCACCUUUACUGCCGCCGACCCCAGCCCCUGGCCUGGACACGGCCUGCAUCAGACUGGCCCUGCCCCUCCCCCUCCCGUGUCCGAGUCCUGGCACUACCCUUUGGCAUCUCAGGUGAGCCCGUCCUACAGCCACAUGCAUGACGUAUAUAUGCGGCAUCACCACCCCCACAUGCACCACCGCCACCACCACCACCACCACCAUCACCACCACCCUUCUGCUGGCUCUGCCCUGGAUCCACCCUACGGGCCCCUGCUGAUGCCACCCGUGCGUGCAGCCAGGAUUCCUGCUCCCCCGUGUGACAUCACAAAGACAGAUCCGACGACAGUCACCACUGCUACCUCAGCGUGGGCCGGAGCCUUUCACGGAACCGUGGACUUAGUGCCAAGUGUGGGGUUUGAUACAGGUCUACAGCAUCAAGACAAAAGCAAGGAAUCACCAUGGUACUGAAACACACAGUAUUAGCAAGUUAGAUUGGAGCGUGAAUCCAUGGGCCCACUGGGAAAAGAUGCUAGCAGGGUUUGUCAUUCUGCGGUGGGACACAGUAGGUGUGGAAGAAAAGAGGAAGUGUUAUCCAGCUGACUUUGGUUUGGAGCCUUUUCUUGAGAAAGCAGAGUGGGUCCUAGACAUUGAAGAAAAGCAUUGUUGUUUAUUUUUUCCCUCAUCUGAGCCUUUGCCAACUGUGUAAUUCUCUUUUAUUUUUGUCUUGCUUUUUUAUCAAUACAUGGUUUAAUUUUUGUUUCAGUUUGACAUUUUUUUGAACCAACCACCUUGUCAGGAAGAGAUGAACCACAAAGAAAAUGCUCAUUCUUUCAGGAAUACAACUUUGUAGCUCUAUGUGCAUCUAUUUUUGUAAAAAUACAGAAAGUUUGAUUUAGCAUUGUUGGGCUAUUUUUGAGGGAUUUUUUUUUAUAUUGUAAAAAUUGUUAAGUUCUGUUUAAAGAACUUGCUCUCAGAGAAGCACUGGCAAAAAUGUUUAAAAUGCUUGUCUUUAAGAUGUCUGUGAUAUGCUCUGUGCUUUCUAGGUUACCUCAAAUGUUUGAUAGUUUCUCAUUUUUUACAAAAGCAGCACCAUAGCCAAGCCAAUAUAGUAUUGUUUUACAUUAAGUCUCAAUGAAGAUUUAAUUCCAUGCUAGCUCACUUAGCUCUGAGUUAUGUGUAUAGCUUGAAAAGGAAGUUUUUUAAUGAUCAUACUAAAGAAAGGCUAUUUCAUUACUUUGAUUUCUCCCAAAGACUGCUUGGAGGUUGACUAAGAAGAAAGUUGGCAUAAACUUUCAAUUAGAUGGAGAGUUUGCCUUGAGUAUAUAAUUAUCUUUCUAGUCCAUCCGACUUUGAUAAAUGGAACCAGAGUUUAUAUCCAACUACUGGAAAAAAAAGCAUUUAACCAUGCUAACUUUGAGUGCCAGUGACUAUUUUUAUUGUUUAUAAUUAUUCAUUCAUGGCAGUUUUUUGUCAUAUUUUAAGGGAAUUUUUUUUUCCUGAAGAUAGUUUGAAGGGAUAAUAUUUGGGAAGGUACUAAACACGUCACAAAGCCUUUAAUUCAGUGGCUGUUUCUGAGAAUGUUACCCAUCAUUGUAAACUGAAAAAUAAUGUAUAUGUAAUAUUUUAAACAGAUUUUUGCAAGUCUAUUUUUGUUUGCUUAACUCUUAUUUUGGUUGAUUUAGUUCUUUUUAAGAAAAAGAUUGGGGGCAAGAUACAUUUAAAUUGGGAUUUAUGCUACAAUUACUGAAAUUAGAUUAAUAAAUUGACAGUUUAUUACUUGAAAUUUGUUACUGAGGACUCAGGAUUCAACUUGACAUGGCCCUCAGGAUAUAAAUAAGAAUAAGUUGGGGUUAUCAUUAAAAUGCUAUUAAGAAAAGAUUAGGAAUAUAAAAGUAGCAGUUAUUGAUAUUUUAAGGAAUUUCAAUAUAAAGUCCAUUCUUUCAGUUACUUCCAGAGAUGGGUCAUAUUAAAAAGGUAGUAUUAUAUAGAAGUUUUAGUUUGUUCAAACUGUUUCUUAAAUUUUUCCCAUUUCUGUCCUCACCCAUGUGAAAUUAUAUGUUUAAUGAAAUACCAUUUUCCAUCUUAGUGUAUCUCACAUGUGUGAACAUUUUAGAUAUAAGAACAACAGUCUCUGCUUAGCUAGGCAGAGUUCUCACAGAUGAUUUUCAAAUAUUUCCCUUAACUCUAUUUUUAUGCUGUAGUCUUCUUUCCUGGUGUAUCUUAUGAGUUAUAAAUCUAUAUGCUCUCCUGUAUUUUCAUCACUAUAUCGCUUAUUAACCAGAUUCCCUUUAACACAGUACAUACAUUUUUACCUAAUGUGAGGUCCAAACUUAAGGAAUCUUCCAUUUAGUAAUGAUAUGAACUUAGAUUUCUAGGGAGUGGCUUGAUUAAGUUAUCUACAUUUUGAUCUACAAUUUGAUUUGAUACAAUUAUUUGUAAUUUGCCUAAAUCUAUGUAGCACAAGGUUGAAUGAAUUUAUAAAAUUGGUUUAUUUUGUGUCCUCCUGAAUUCUCAAAGACCAGUGUUCAGUAGCUCCCAUGGAAUGACUUGCUGGGGAUUAUUUAUUUUCCUCCUCUUCCCUUAGAACCUGUUAACUUCCUUUGCAGUUUCCCUUAGAACAGUGUUGUACUCCAGCUCAUUCAGAUUGUUCAGCUGGAUGUUCCCAGUUAUGAGAAGAAACAUAUUAACUCUCUGCCCCAUUCCUUACUCUCCAUUGAAUUGAAUUGAAAGCAAGAGAGCUGACAAUUAGAUAGCUCCACGCUGAAUUUAGGGUGAUACUUGCCAUGUGUCACUCCUGGUAGCUAUCUGAUAAAACAUUCCUUGGCUCUGAGGACCCAAGAAGAGUUGGGGAUCUGAAUUCUGCUAUACACAGGGGAGAUUUAUGAGUAAGAUCCCCCACUGAGAACAGGCCCAGGCACUGGCACACAGCAAAGAUUGGAUCCUUGCAUAUACAAGGAGUGGAUCAAAAUGUAAGUCAAAAAAAGAUGAGUGCAUAUCUCUGUAAUUGUCUGACAUCCCAUUGUUACAAUCAAAUUACCAUUACCACCGGAAGUCAUCAAAGAGGAUGAGGUGUAAUUUAGUAUGAUUCUGAGUUUAAGUUUAAAGUGCUAUCACUCUCUAGGUUGGUUUUCUUAUACCAAAAAUGAUACUGUUAAUCUUGGAAGCUUCCAGCUUGCUUUAUUGAGGGCUACCAUCUCCCUCCCUAAUUUCAUUUGGAACCACUCUACCUUUGGCUAUUUUACAAAUUAAGCUUUAUUAAAGCUUUCUAAAGAUUUGUGAGCUAGACCCUAGAAAAUCAUCCCAUUGAUUUACCAUCUAAUCUAUGCUUCGACCACUAAACUAUCUGAGCUAAAGAACAACAAAAAUAGGGGCUAGUUGGACCUUGACAGGUUAUUUGGUUCCUCACUGUUUAUUUGAAAAGCACCUCUAAGCGUUUAAAAAUCAGUGCUCUUCUUAAGAAAGUUAACCAUCCCUUCCUAACUUUCCCCUUUAGUUUUUCUCCUCUCUUUCCUCUUAAACUUAUUUACAUUAUUAUUUUAAGCAAAAAUGGUUAAGGAUUGCUCUACAGUUUGCAAAUAAUUGAGGAAUUAAUUUCUUUAAUGUUGUAGCAAUCUUUUUUUUAAAAAAAAUUCUAGACACUGGUGUGAACCAUACCCUUGAGGAGCUCGUUAUGCAUUAUGCAAAUGGCAAUCAAAAACUAUAUUUUAAGGAACUGCAUUGUAUCCCUUACUGAGUGUCCCUUGGUUACGUAACAUUUGCCAAAUUAAGUCAAUGGGUUAGUGGCACCAAGAGGUAGAAAAGGAGAGUAUUUAUGUUACAGUUAUGACUGGGGGAUGAAUAGAGAAGCAGAAUGAAUUAAUUGAAAAAAUUGGCUUGGACAUUAAGUCAUUUUCUGAAUUACAAUUAGAUGUGUGUUUUGGGGCCUCGUUUAUGUAUCUCAGGAAUAAAGUGAGAUUAUAAUACCUAACUGGCAAGCUGGGAAGUUUGGAAAUCAUAUAUAUAUGUUCAAUCAUCUGAUUCACAGUAGACAUUCAAUAAAUGACAGAUACCACAAAUACAUCUCAGCUGAGUAAGUAAAUCAUAAAAUUGAGCUCCAAAACAUCCCUUCACUUUACUUUCCAUACCCAUUUCUGUAGCAAUGAAAUAGAUAAUGACUGUGCUUUUCUGUAAGAAAUUGUUGCAGGAGAAUCUUUGCCUUCUACUAGAUGUUGAAGAUAAAAUGUAAAUUUCUUAACUAUCUUUAUUUUAGUGUGCCAUUUAUGAAGGGAAAUAAAUUAACCUCUUAGUUGUAUGUAGGUCCUACUCUGAGUUUUCUUACAUGUUCCAAACUUUUAUUCAUCCAGGACCCUGUGUAUUAUUGUCCCCAAAAUUAAAGUGACAGUUUUCAUGAAAUCACCAAAGUUUUUUAUUUUUUCAUUAUAUUUUGGGCUUCCUUAGCACCUAGAAUAAAAACAUCUCUUUUGAAGUUAUCUCAUUUUUUUUUACUUGACUUGGAGAAAAAUUGCAGAAUAUGGUGGAAAAAAAACUUUCCGCAUGAAAAGAGGAGGAAAAAAAAUCCCCAACCCUUUACGAUCUCAGUCAGCAGAUUUAUUCUACUUGAGAGAAAAAGAAACAACUUCAUUGGAAGCAGAUGUUGACACUGUGUCAGUUAUUGAAGAUGGAAGGGGUUCACUUGAGCCAUUGCGGUUACAAAGGGGUAUCGAUGCCUCUUAGGAUCCCUGUGAUUGAGCAUUUUCACAGCAGACAGGAUAACAGAAAAGCUGAAACUAUGAGACCAAGACUGACAUCAGCCUGCCAAUUUUAAUGUACAGGACGCUAAGGACUCAGUGGUUGUUUUUUUCCUCCUCCAGGAUAAAAGACAUAUCUUUCAAAAAAUUUAAGGUGGUUUGAGAAAUUAAAAUGUAUCCUGUAAAAAACAUGGCCUGAGAGCCCUUUAAAUCUAUUAUUAAAACAAAACUAUUAAAGUCAUUUUAGAAAAAUCAAGAUAAAAAUUUAGUUUAAUGAUAUAUGCUGAAGAAACAGACUCACAGACAUAGAGAACAGAGUUGUAGUUGCCAAGGGGGAGGUGAGGUAGGGGAAGGAAGGAUUAGGAGUUUGGGAUUAGCAGAUGCAAACUAGUAUAUAUACGGUGGAUAAACAACAAGGUCCAACUGUGUAGCGCAGGAUAUUCAAUAUCCUGUGAUAAACUGUAAUGGAAAAGAACAUGAAAAAGAAUAUAUAUGUGUAUAAUUGAGUCACUUUGCUGUACCACUGUGCUGCAGAAAUUGACACAAUAUUGUAAAUCAAUUAUACUUCAAUAAAAUUAAAAAAAAUAAUGUAUGUUGAAGAAGGAUGUGUAAACUACACACAAAUGGAAGGCUGUGGAGAGUGGGGAACAGGUAAGGCCUGCAAGGGAACCUCAGUCCUAAGAGCUUCAAAAUGUUAAUUAAUAGAUAACUUGGUCAUGGAGAUUAGGCACAGAACAGACUUUCAGAAUUUUUCAGUAGGUUUUAUUCUUUUAGUGCUCUCUGGGAAUUUCCCUGUAUACAAUUUUCCAAAGUAUAGAAAUAGUCAUUAUAAUUAAAAUAUCAUGAUUUUCUUAUUCCUUUUAUUGUCCAUUGUGUUUUUUUGUUAAAAAAUACUUUUAUAGUUUCAAAUAAUUGAUCAAACUAGUGUUCUCUUGAAAUUGCAAAUUAAUUUGAUCCAAUAAAAUUAUCUAAAUCUGCUUUUAAAGUUUCAAGAAAUAAUUAAGUUGAGUGUAAUUUAUCAAUUCUUUUGUGAAAUAAGACAUGACACCUUCUAGAAAAUGUCAGUUCAUCAUCAAUUAGCUUCCUUGUUAACAAUUUCUGAACUACUAAAUUUUGACCUAAGAAUAACUCUUAGAAUACAAGCUUCUUUAAUUAGUUUUUUUGGUAUAUGCAUAAGAUGUGAACUUUUCUAAUUGUAUCACUUUAUACUGAUAGAGGUGUACAUUUUUUUUCUAUGCUGUGGCGAGGGCAAAAAUUAAUGAUUACACACUUGAUUUAAUUUCUUAGACUACAAUCUUGGAUAUUGUAUCUGAUUUAAAAUUGCUAUUCAAAUACAUUUUUCUGGAUUCACAAUAUAGGGAAAGAUUUUCAUGUGAAUUCUUUGUAUCAUUUUAAAGUGCGUAUAUUGAAAGGGAAAACAGAUUCAAUUUGUUUUCAUCACAUAAAUCUAGGUAAGGUGAAAUCUUUUAUAAAAAAAUACAUAAUAUGGUGAGCUUUUUAUUUGUUACUUGAUUAAGUGAACUGAAAACUUUUAAUAGGAAUGUCAUCUUACAACCCCGAAAUACAAAAAAAUUCCAAAUUUAUUAGUUUUGCGGGCAAUUUUAUGCUGUCUUCAUUUUACAUGCCCAGAAAUAGAAAUUAACUAAUCUUAGCUCUGUUGUCAUUCUUAAUUUACAAAGUAUAUGUAAUUCAUAAAACUUUUGGCUUUACAAGCUAAUUAUAAAAUCAUACAUAUAUUUUUUGUUGUUGUUUUUCCCGGGGUUGGAGGAAGAGACAUUUUCAUAUUUCUAUUCACUCUUCAAAUGCAGGUCUCAUAACUAUGUGUUGAUGAUAUAAGAUGAUGGAGGACUUUGUAAUAAAAACAAAUGUCAUCUUCAAUUUGUUCAAUAAAUAACAAUGUGAACUUAAUGUUUA